ACAGUGAUCGGACGGAGUGGUUUGCAUUGGUGCGAAUAAAAAAGUGAAGAAUUAAGUGAGGGACUUUUACUGUGUGUCCUUACGUGGGAAGGAAUCGAUAUUUGUGAAUCUAAGGAGAUUCUCCGAUCCAUUGACGGCUUUCUGGGACCGUGUGUGAUCUGCUUUUGGCACAAUGAAGACUGCCUCCGGAGGCACAUACAUAUUCAUUCUCUGCUCUCUGCUGUUGUUCUGCUCGCCGACUAGUGGAGAAGAAGUCACCAAUGCGGAUCUCAGGGAGGGCAUCAAGACGCUCACGUUCUCAGUGGGGCAGAUCGACGUGAAGCUGGAGCGCCAUGAGCAGCGCGAGAGGGGCCUGGGCGAGCUGGUGAAGCGCGCCAUCGUGCAGCUGCAGAAGGGGCAGCGCCAGUUCGAGCCGAUGAAGGGGACAUUCAGUCGCCUGGACGAGCGCGUGAGUCAGAUCGAGUCGAUGCUCAUCAGUCGCGAACAGGCGGUGACGGAUCAGCAGAACAAGCUGGCCGAGGCGCUGGACGCCGUGCUCAAGUGGAUGACGGACAAUGCCAAUGGACACAGUCGGUAUAUCGUUGGGAAGGGUGACAUGUCUGACGAAGAUGAGGAUUUGGGCCACAAGAUCGACGAUCUCUCAGACAAUAUCAAGAGUCUCAGGCGGGAGAUUGCAGAGCUGAGAAGUGAGCGCCAGACAGCCGAUGUCAAUACCAAAGCAUUCCUGGAGCAGACUGAGAAGAUGCUGGGCUCCAAGCUCAAUCUGGCCGACGAGGUGAUGGAGAAGUUGGAGGAGAAGCUGGUCAACUUCUACGUGACUUCUGCCUCCACUCAGAAUCCACUCUCUGGCAACAACCACGCCGACUGGGAGAAGUUGGUCACCGAAGCCCUGGCGGAUAUUCGCACUAAAGUCUACGACAUGAAUCCCGGAGUUGGAGCGUCCUUGUCGAAGGAACUCGUGCAGGAUCUCAACAAGGAGACCUUGGAGGCCAUCCAAGACAUGAAACUUGAGGUGCUCGAGGCUUCGGACAAGAGCUUCACGAAGACAGCGGCUCGCAUUAAGGAGACCCACGAUGACAUUCAAUCUUCCGUGGCGGAUGUGCUGAAGCAACUCUCGGAAACCACGACAUCAGCUGAGUCCUUCUUCGAGGAGUUCGUGAAGCGCCAGGAGACACUGCAGGCGGACGUGACGGCGCUCUCGAAGAUCGACAAGAUGCUCCUGCAGACGGCGGACAGCGUCCUGGACACAAAGAGAAAGGUGGAGUUGGGAGUGCAUCAAAUUUCUCAGCAAGUGGGUGAGAUUGUGUCCAAUUCCGUUGGGGAUCUCAAUGACACAAUCACCAAGAGAUUUGACGCUCUGGAUGAGACAAUUCUGGACAAUCAUUUGGGAUCUCUGGCGAAUCUCAGCUCGAAGAUUGAAACAGAAAUCUCACAGGUCUGGCGCCAAGUCGGCAUUAUGUACCAGGAAAUCUCCUCCAGCAAGGCUGCCCUGGAUCGUCUGCAGCAGCAAACGGAGGCCUAUGUGAACGGAACGGUGUCCACGAUGGACAGCAUGGAGGGCAAAGUGACUCUCAUUACAAGUCGCAUGACAGAAGUGGAUGCGAACUUGAAUUAUCUGCUCGGAAGACUGUCUCUGGUCACGCAGGAGUUCAAUCAGAUCAAGCUGGGUCUCGGCGAUGCGCUGGACAACAUCCGAAGCAGCUUCAUGACAGUCCAGGAUAAGAUAAAAGAUGUCGGCCCAGGACCGCAUCAAAUCCCACCGGAGGAGUUGGAAGAGGGACAGUUGAAUCACAUGUCAUACUGAGAGAGAGAUGUUUUCCUGAUCUCUCAGCUCAAUUUCAACGUCUUUGUGCUGCUUUUCGUGUUCUAUGUAAUCCAGCAUUGCUACAUGUUGUCACUUUGUGUACCCAAAAUGUAUUUUCUUAUGCAGAACCAUUAAAUUUCCCAUCAUUCAGUGAGAAUGCGACUUUUCUCAUCUUUUGCACACCUUCGAUGUUUCAUGAAACAUGCUUCACUGCAACGACGUGAAACACCAGAGAAACCCGGACAGAGAGGAGUUAAGAGAAGUCUCUUAAAGUAACAACACGCUCUUCAUGUAAGCUUUUGUAUUUGCAUUUAUUUCUGUAAUCAGAAUUUUAUACAUAAUAAUAGUAAAUAUAGUAUAUAUAUUUUAUUCAUUAUAACAUACUCUUAUGAAUUUUUACCGAGUUUCUUCUACAAAAGAAACGCAAAAAUGAUGAAAAAGGGGGGGAAAGAAAGAAAAAUAGAGACAACAAACGGUGCCGUCCUAAAAAUUAUUAUUCUCCUUUACUUCAUAGGUAAAAUGUAAGUAUUAAUAUUGUUUUUUUUCCUCCUCUUCUCCUCAUUUACUCUGUACUCCUAUGCUAUUAAUUCAUUAUUAAAUAUAUAUAUUCAUAGUUACUUUAGUACUUACAUAUUUUCUUCUCUCUUCACUUUACAUUUAUAAGUUUUUUUUUCUUUUGUCUAAGGUACGUUUUGCAUUUUUUCUCAUCAUUUUUUUUUUUUAAUUUUAUCCUCCUAACUCUUUUUCCUGGCUGAAAAAGUAUUCUUCAGUGUCUGUACGUCUAUUAUCCGGUUUUCCUCUAUUUCUUCACUUAUUUUCCACCUUAUGCAAAGUAUUAGAAAUAUUCUCUUUUCACUUUUAAAUUGGAAAAGAACUUCAGUUUCAGAGAUUUUUAUCAUUUGUCGUCUUACCUUUUAUGGUACAUACAAUCUUCACGUUUUUUUUGGAUAUUUUACCUUUAAUACUAAUUUCUACAAUCUAUUUCUUUAUUUUCUUCACUUUCUUUAAAAAUUGUGUAAAAUUUUUGUCAAAUAAAAAAAGAUUUCUUCACCAAAACAAAAGUGGAAACAAUAAGAAUUCUCUGUAUAUGCGAUUAUCUGGGUUAUUUUCUCAUUUUCUGAGUGCACUUGUCAUCUUUCCUUUGUAGUUUUGAGAAAAGAAAAUUGCACUUAUAUUUCCUCCUUUGUUGCCAUCUAAGUUUCUUCUUCACGCGUCGAUAAUGAUUUUUCUUUUUCUUUUUUUUUAAUUCAAUGCUCUUGUGAAUGAUCUUUUGUGCUUUUCUUGUUCUCUAUGCAAAAUGAAAAUUUGUUAAUUCAUACGAAAAUGGCACUUUUUGUCAAAAAAAUGUACAAAAACGAAAUUAUUAAUUCUUAAUUUAUAUACAACAAUGACAAUUUCUUCCCCAUUUCUUUACUCUCUCGUGUUCUUCCUCUCCUUCACCGUCACUAUCUUGCCUACGUAGGUUCUUCUUUAAAAAGAGAUGAGAUCACCAAAUAUAAUAAUUAAUUUUUUUUUUCUUUAU